GCCGCACCUAGAAGCACUAGAUCGUACCGUGUGGCAGCCCGCCGGCAGCGACUGCUCAGCACCAUUUCCGAGUCGGCAGAGGUUGACUUUCCCGACGAUGUAGAAACCUAUGCACGACAGACAAGCGCACCUCCCCGAGUGACCUUUGCAGUGGCCGACGAGAUCAUCCGAAUCCAUGCCCGCUCCCAUGGAGAAGCGGGAAGGAGCGGAGAUUCCGAAAGCUCCGAGACGCCGGUCAGUCCAGGAGGAGUUGAGGAAGAGGUUUCUGGUCUGGCGCAGCUGACCGUCGGGCGGCGCGAAGCCAUGCGCAAACGUCUCGAGCAGCUGCUAUGCGUGAGCUUCGAUGACUUGCAACGCUUGCAUGGGAGGCCUGAGCCCGAGGAUGCUGUGGAUCUGUGCUAG